AUGGCGCUGAAAACAUCGUUGAUUCUUCUUCUUUCGUUUAUAUCGAUGCAUCUGUCCUAUUCGGCGAAGAUUGCAGGUUUUAGCGGAGUAGCGUCAGGAUCUCACUAUUUCAACUUGAAGAAAGUUAUGGAGGAGUUGGUUUCACGAGGGCAUGAGGUGGUGCUUAUUAAACCCGCUUAUUCCGACGAGCCACCGAGCACUGAGCAAAAGGUUCUCCACAGGACGUUCAAAAUACCAUAUGUUAAAAAAGAUGGCGAGAUACUCGUGAUAAAAACUUCUAUUGAGGAGAGCAUGUGGAAAGGAUUAACCAACCUCAUCGAAAUAACGAGAGUCACGUGUGAGUCAUUGCUGAACGACACAGAGAUACUUCAUGAAAUAAGGGACUAUGACUUGAUAGUGUACGAAAGUUUGGGGCUUUGUGCUACUCUGGUGGCUGAACUCCUCGACAUUCCCAAUGUGGCCAUUUUUUCAAAUCCUCCGAGCAAUCCAGACAGUUCUCUGUACAAGGUGCCAAUGCCUUCAUCAUACGUUCCUUCACGUCUGUUACCGUUUUCCUGUGAAAUGUCAUUUACAGAGCGUGUGAUAAACUUUUUUGUGGUCAACAUUUUUCAGUUUGUAUUGCAAACUUUGGCUGUCAGAUCCUACAGCUCUCUGAAGGAAAAAUACAAUAUUACUCCUGAAGUAAGCUACCGUGAAGCUGUUGCCAGCGCUGAACUUGUGCUUUUUAACAGUCAUUAUGCGGUUGAGUGUCCACAACCUCUUCUACCAGGUCAAAUCAUAUUGGGUCCCAUCGCUGUCAAACCUGAACCAGACCCACUCCCCCCUGAUUUGGCAGAUUUUAUUAAGGAUUCAGGGGGACAAGGGUUUAUCAUUGCCUCUUUUGGAUCGUAUGCGAAAAUGACUAUUUCUAACAGGACGAUCGAUGUUUUGGCAGCGGCUUUUGGAAAGUUGAAGCAGAAAAUCAUCUGGAAACAUAAAGGCUACAUUCCGUCAUCUGUCGGUCCAAAUAUCAAAGUAGUGAAUUGGAUACCACAGAAUGAUCUGUUGGCUCACAGGGAUAUCAAAGCUUUUGUGUCUCACGCCGGAACUAACAGCUACUAUGAAUCAGCAUAUCAUGGGGUGCCUGUGGUGGCUGUUCCGUUGUUUAUAGACCAUUUCUCUAAUGCCAGAAAAGCAGAGUACUUUGGAAUAGCAACAGUUUUAAAUCAUCAAACUAUGAAUGCUGAAGAGCUCUUUGAGGCUAUACAGCUCGUGAUGAAUGAACCAAGAUUCAAGGAAACUGCCAUGCGCAUUUCCCGUCUAAUGAAAGACAGUCCACGGACCUCCCUGGAGAAAGCUGGUGACUGGAUCGAGUAUGUACUCAGACAUGGUGGAGCCCAACACCUCAGAGCUCAGGUGUUUAACAUGGCCUGGUACCAGUACUACUCACUUGACGUCAUAGCUUUCCUUGUUGCCAUAGCAGCGAUAAUUGUCAUGGUGAUAACACUGGCAUGUCGAUGCCUGUGUCGUGCAUGCUGUGAAAGGGGUGUUGGCAAAAAUAAAAACGAUUAAAAUCUUGA